AAAUGGCGGAUAUGGACGAACUGUUCGGGAGCGAUGGCGAUAGCGACAAUGAGCAACGAGAUUCCGGCUCUGGUUCUGGCUCUGAUUCGGAUCAUGAGAGACCAAGAUCUGCCAGCAACGCUUCUGGAAGCGAGAGUGCUCAGAGUGACCGAGAUCAUGAUGAUGAUGAAGAUGAAGAUGGCGGAAAGCCUAGCAAUAAAGAGCUGUUUGGAGACGACAGUGAAGAUGAGCACGGCAGCCAGCACAGCGGGAGCCAGCACAGCGGCAGCCGGCACAGCGGCAGCCGGCACAGCGGCAGCAGGCACAGUGGCAGUAGGCACAGUGGCAGCCAGCACAGCGGGAGCCAAUCAGAGCGAUCGGGCAACCAAUCAGACGCCACCAUGCACUCUGACAAUGAACACAGCAUGUCUGAGGCCCAUCGUGGUGAGCAGGAUGAUGAGGAUGAUGAUGACAGAGGCCACAGGUCAGACGUAGGCAGUCCAGCCUCAGGAGCAGGAAGCCGCAGGUCGGACAGAGGAAGUGGAAGUCCAGGGUCAGAGGCGGGAAGUCCACGCUCAGAAGCUGGAAGUGGUCAUUCGGAUCCUGGAACCCCACAUACAGAUGGAGAGGGGUCAGGGAAAGAUGCCCAUUCUGGAGAUGAGAAGUGGGGUGGAGAUGGAAAAAGUGACCAGUCGGAGGACGAGGACAAACAGCAGAACUCUGAUGAUGAGAGGGAGCGAUCUGAUGAAGAAGGGGAGAGGCAGAAAUCAGAGUCGAUUAAGGGCAGUGACAGCGAGGAUGAUUUCACACGCAAGAAAAAGAAAAAGAUUGCUUCGGACUCGGACUCAGACUCUGAUGCUGAAACACAGGGUGGUAAGAAGCCUGCAGCAAAUGAUCUUUUUGGGGAGGCAGAUGAUAUUUCGUCAGACAGCGAUGCAGAGAAACCUCUCACACCUGGCCAACCAUUGGAUGCAGAUGACGGAAUGGAGGGAGAUCAGCCUGAGGAAGAGCCAGCUCCAGAGACGAGGAUUGAAGUGGAGAUACCUAAAGUCAGCACAGACCUGGGCAGCGAUCUCUACUUCGUCAAAUUACCCAACUUUCUCAGUGUGGAGCCCAGGCCGUUCGACCCUCAGUACUAUGAGGAUGAGUUUGAGGAUGAGGAGAUGUUAGACGAGGAAGGAAGAACUCGUCUAAAGCUAAAGGUGGAGAACACCAUCAGGUGGCGCUCUCGACGGGAUGAGGAGGGCAAUGAAGUCAAGGAGAGCAAUGCUAGGAUUGUUAAAUGGUCUGACGGCAGCAUGUCUCUGCACCUGGGGAACGAAGUGUUUGAUGUGUAUAAAGCUCCACUGCAGGGUGACCACAAUCACCUGUUCAUCCGCCAGGGCACAGGACUGCAGGGUCAGGCUGUGUUCAAGACCAAACUCACCUUCAGACCUCACUCCACAGACAGCGCCACACACAGGAAGAUGACGCUCUCUCUUGCCGACCGCUGUUCAAAGACACAGAAGAUCCGAAUUUUGCCCAUGGCUGGCAGAGACCCAGAGUCCCAGAGAAAUGAGAUGAUCAAGAAAGAAGAGGAGAGGUUACGUGCGUCCAUCAGGCGCGAGUCCCAGCAGAGGCGCAUGAGAGAGAAACAGCAUCAACGAGGUCUGAACGCCGGCUACCUGGAGCCUGACCGCUACGAUGAGGACGAAGAGGGUGAAGAGUCCAUUAGCCUGGCUGCAAUCAAGAGCAAAUAUAAGGGUGGAGGAGGUCUAAGGGAGGAACGAGCCAGGAUCUAUUCGUCAGACAGCGAUGAAGGUUCUGAUGAAGACAAGGCCCAGCGACUGAUGAAGGCCAAGAGACUGGACAGCGAUGAGGAGGGAGAGAACUCUGGAAAGAGGAAGGCAGAGGAAGAUGAGGAAUCUGCUUCAAAGAAGCCCAAAAAGUAUGUCAUUAGUGAUGAAGAAGACGAGGACGGAGAUGGAGAACGCGAUGGAGACCGAGAGAGAGGCGGGGAUAUGGAUGGAGACGGAGAUGGAGAUAUGGAAGGAGAUGGAGAUGUGGACAGAGACGGAGAUAUGGAUGGAGAUGGAGAAGGCGAUGGAGAGGGAGACGGAGAGGAAGACGAGUAAUUUUUUUUUUCUUAAUUUUUUUUUUUUUUACAUUAAUGUUUUGAUCGGCUAAUUGUUGGUUAAGUACGUGUUUAGUCCAGAAAAUCAAUUGUGCAGUUAACUGAUUGUAUAUUUUAUAAUGUCAGAAGAUGUUCAUCAUUCAACAGGUUAAUAAAGAGCAAUAACCUCAGUAA